AUGGAAAUGUGCGAGCGGAAUCCUUUAAAUCCCGGCUAUGUUGGUUCGCUGCUGAAUUUUGCUCCCCCUGAGUCGCUGUAUUUCUCCAACCUGCGCGGUAAUGGAGCCCACAUACCCGGGCUGCAUCAGCUCCCUUACAAUAGGAGAGAGGUGUGCACGCUCCCCUGGACUUCCUCAAGUUCGUGCGCGUCUGGACCGGCAGCACCACCACAGAGCCGCGCUUUUGGAGGCUACUGUCCACCGUUCCUGUCCAACUCGGUAUCUAUAAAUACUAACUCGUCCGGCGGCCACGUCAAGGCGCAUUUGGAGGAGACUGCUCGGUGCUUCCAGGACACGAGCCACAAGACAGAGGAGGCAGGCAGGCAGGAGGAGGUGUACGCCGGGGAGCACGGGAUACGCGGGUACUCGGAUCUGGAGAGCCGCUCUCAGGGAUCGGCUCAGCUUGACCCGGAUUCAGCAGGUUCAUUGAGUGUGAACGGAUCCAAACAAGAGCACAACUCCAUCCACGCGCCCCCAAGUGACACGUGCUCCAGGACCACUUUUGAUCAAGGUGCCCCGUGGUGCUCGUCACAAGUGAAAACAAGAAAGAAGAGAAAGCCCUACUCCAAGCCGCAGCUGGCUGAACUUGAGAAUGAAUUUAUGAUGAAUGAAUUCAUCAACAGACAGAAACGGAAGGAGCUCUCAGACAGACUCGAGCUGAGCGACCAACAAGUGAAAAUAUGGUUUCAGAAUCGCAGGAUGAAGAAGAAACGACUGAUGAUGCGCGAGCAAGCUUUCUCCGCAUACUGA